AUGGCCUCCACCAGAAGCUGGACCCUCGAGAUCGUGUCACCGGUGGUCGCGCCACGCCUGUUCCGUGCCGUCGUGUUGGACUGGCACACCCUGGCGCCCAAGGUCGCCUCCCACAUCAUCGCCAGCGCCCACCCCGUGGAGGGCGAUGGCGCCGUUGGCAGCAUCAGGCAGUUCAACUUCACCUCAGCCAUGCCGUUCGGCUUCGUGAAGGAGAGGCUCGAGUUCCUGGGCGUGGACAAGUGCGAGUGCAAGUCGACGCUCGUCGAGGGCUGCGGCAUCGGCGUGGCCAUCGAGACCGCGGCGUCGCACAUCAAGGUGGAGCCCGCGGCCGACGGCGGCAGCGUGGUGAAGGUGGACUCGACGUACAAGCUGCUGCCGGGCGUGGAGGUGAAGGACGAGAUCACUAAGGCAAGGAGUCGGCCAUCCAUGAUUUUUGCCUACAAAAGUUGGAUAUAUGCAAGGAAAUGGCCAACAUAUGUGCAAGGACCUCAACUAAGCACACUUUGCAGCCUUUUGACUCUUUUUGCAUGGCUUCUUGUCAUUUCCCCUAUAGCAGUUCUGCUCAUGUGGGGAAGCAUCCUUAUUGCUCUUCUGGAAAGGAACAUAAUUGGUUUAGCUGUUAUAAUGGCGGGUGUUGCUUUGCUUCUGUCAUUCUACUCUAUAAUGCUCUGGUGGAGAACACAAUGGCAAAGCUCAAAGGCUGUUGCUUACCUUCUCCUCCUGGCAGUAGGCCUACUAUGUGCCUACGACUUUUGUGCUAUUUAUGUGACAGCUGGUGCUAGUGCUUCCGAGCUUAAUUCUCCAUCAGGGUUCUUCUUCGGGGUGUCUGCAAUAUCAUUGGCCAUCAAUAUGCUUUUUAUAUUUAACUUCACCUUCUUGCACAUUUUAUGCACAGUAUUAAGUGGAUUUGAUGUUGAUGAAUAUGUGCGGAGGUCGUACAAGUUUGCCUAUUCUGACUGUGUUGAAGUGGCUCCUGUUUCAUGCUCUCCUGAGCCACCAGAUCCUAGUGAGUUAUACAUGACAAAAUCCAGCAGGGUCUUGCAUUUAGGGCUUCUCUACAUUAGCUCGCUGCUUGUGCUUGUUGCCUAUUCCAUCUUGUAUGGUCUUACAUCAAAAGAAGCUCGUUGGCUGGGUGCUUUAACUUCAGUUGCAGUGGUGAUCCUUGACUGGAAUCUGGGCUUGUGUUCAUUUAGAUUUGAGCUUCUUAAAAGUCGGAUGAUAGUGUUAUUUGUGGCUGGAACAUCAAGGGCUUUCCUUAUAUCCUUCGGAGUGCAUUACUGGUACCUUGGCCAUUGCAUCAGUUAUGCUUUUGUAGCAUCUGUGCUUUUAUCUGCUGCUGUCUCUUCCUGGCUUUCUAUUUCAAACCCCUCAGUUGCAAGGAUAGACGCUCUAAGAAGUACAGUUAUAAAGCUGCGAGAGGGAUUUCGAAGAAAAGGACAGAAUAGUUCUUCAAAUUCAUCAGAAGGCUGUGGCUCUAGUGUGAAGCGUAGUAGCGGUAGUGUUGAAGCUGGUCAAAAUGGUAAUGCAACGGAUUCUAUGUACAGAAGCAACUCACAAAGCGAUGGUGUCAAUUGGAGCAGUAUUCCUUUUGACCGAUCAAACAGUUGUCAAGAAGGCCGGAGCUCUGACAAGAACAUAGAUAGUGCACGUGCAAGCUUAGCUCAUCGGAGUAAUUCAUGCCUAUCUGCUGUCCAAGACUCUGAAACUGCUGUUGUUUCAAUAGAUAGGCAUGGAGAUCCCACUACUUCACUUGUUUGUUCUAGCAGUGGUUUGGAAAGUCAUGGCUGUGAGCCUAGUGGAUCAGCCACCACCUCAGGUAAUCAACAAUUAUUGGAUUUGAACCUGGCAGCGAUAUUUCAGGACAGAUUAAAUGACCCAAGGAUUUCAUCUAUGCUAAAAAAGAACGGUGGACUUGGAGACGUAGAACUAGCUAAUCUUCUUCAGGAUAAAGGAUUGGAUCCAAAUUUUUCCUACAUGCUGAAAGACAAAGUUAUGGAUCCACGGAUUUUAGCUUUGCUACAGAGGAGCAGCUUAGAUGCAGAUAGAGAGCAUCAAGAUGAUGUAGAUGUCACAGCUACUGAUUCAGAUAGAUUGGAUACCACUAUUGCAAACCAGAUCUCUCUGUCAGAAGAACUAAGGAGAAGCGGUCUAGAAAAAUGGUUGAACAUUUCAAGGCUAAUAUUCCAUCAUUUAGCUGGAUCUCCAAUACGUGCUUUUAUUGUUUUCACAGUAAUGUUCAUAAUAGAGACUGCUACUGUGGCUAUAUAUCGACCAGAGACCAUCAAAGUGAUAAAUGCAACACAUGAACAGUUUGAAUUUGGUUUCUCGAUACUGCUUCUGUCACCAGUUGUCUGCUCCAUUAUGGCAUUCAUUUGGUCUCUGCGUGCUGAAGAAAUGAUGAUGACAUCCAAGCCCCGGAAGUAUGGUUUCAUUGCAUGGCUACUGAGCACAUGUGUUGGUUUGUUUCUCUCUUUCUUAAGCAAGUCAUCAGUUAUAUUGGGCUUGUCUCUCACAGUACCACUUAUGGUGGCUUGCCUCUCAUUUGCUGUUCCCAUAUGGAUGUGUAAUGGUUACCGUUUCUGGAUUCCUGGAAGGGAGUUCGAUACUCGUGAAAUUGUUAGUCAAGCUCCAGGAAAGAAAGAGCGGGCUCUCUUUGUUAUCAGCAUAGCUGUUUUCACUGCCUCAGUUAUUGGCCUUGGUGCAAUAGUGUCAGCAAAGCCUUUAGACGCUUUAGGCUAUAAAGGGUGGGAUGCUGAUAACAGCUUCUAUUCUCCCUAUGCAACAUCGAUGUAUCUUGGAUGGGCGUUGUCUUCAACAAUUGCUGUGAUUACCACGGGGUUGAUACCUAUUGUUGCUUGGUUUGCAACGUACCGGUUUUCACCUUCAUCAGCUAUAUGUGUUGGCCUCUUUGCAACUGUUCUUGUGUCCUUUUGUGGUGCAUCUUACUGGGGAGUGGUAAAUUCACGAGAGGAUGGUGUGCCUCUAAAGGCUGAUUUCCUGGCAGCAUUACUUCCCUUGCUUUGCAUUCCUGCAUUUUUCUCGCUGUUCACUGGGCUGUACAAAUGGAAGGAUGAUGAUUGGAAGAUUUCUCGUGGCGUUUACCUUUUUGUUGGCAUGGGAAUGUUGCUGUUGUUUGGUGCAGUUGCAGCUGUUAUUGUCACAAUCAGGCCCUGGACUGUUGGAGUUGCUUGCCUCGUAGCCAUUCUGUUCCUUGUAUUUGUUAUUGGGGUCAUCCACUACUGGACAUCUAACAACUUCUAUCUAACGAGGACUCAGAUGCUGCUUGUUUGUUCCAUUGCUUUUCUCCUAGCCUUGGCUGCCUUCCUGAUGGUUUUAUUUCACGGAAAGCCUUUUGUUGGAGCAUCUAUAGGUUAUUUCUCAUUUAUAUUUCUUCUCACUGGAAGGGCUUUGACUGUCCUUCUAUCACCGCCAAUUGUAGUGUAUUCGCCAAGAGUAUUGCCUGUAUAUGUUUAUGAUGCUCAUGCAGACUCUGCUAAAAAUGUUAGCUAUGCCUUUCUUAUUCUGUACGGAAUUGCAUUAGCAACUGAAGUUUGGGGUGUUAUUGCUAGUCUAAUAAUGAGUCCAUCAUUUGUUGGGGCUGGCGUUUCUGCUGCUACUCUUGUAAUUGCUUUCAGUUUUGCUGUUUCUCGACCAUGCCUGACUCUUAAGAUGAUGGAGGAUGCAGUUCAUUUUCUCAGCAAGGAUACAGUUGUGCAAGCGAUGUCACGGUCUGCUAAUAAAACUAGAAAUGCUAUAUCUGGGACUUACUCAGCGCCUCAGAGGUCUGCAAGCUCUGCUGCUCUUUUGGUUGGAGAUCCUGCUCUUACAUUGGACAGGGCUGGGAACUUUGUGCUUCCUAGGGCUGAUGUUAUGAAGCUGAGAGAUCGUUUGAGAAAUGAAGAAAUUGCUGCAGGAUCUUUCUUAUGUGGAGUAAAAGAUUGUUUAGUAAUUUGCCCCCAGUCCCUGUCAAACGUAGAUUAUCGGAGGAAUAUGUGUGCCCAUGCACGUAUUUUGGCUUUGGAAGAAGCAAUUGAUACGGAAUGGGUGUAUAUGUGGGACAAAUUUGGUGGUUAUUUACUUCUGUUGCUUGGAUUGACUGCCAAAGCUGAACAAAUACAGGAUGAAGUACGUCUAAGACUCUUUUUGGAUAGCAUAGGCCUUUCCGAUUUGAGUGCCAAAGAAAUUAAGAAAUGGAUGCCCGAAGAUCGGAGGCAAUUUGAGCUUAUUCAAGAAAGUUACAUAAGGGAAAAAGAAAUGGAAGAGGAGGCUUUGAUGCAAAGGCGAGAGGAAGAAGGGAAGGGAAGAGAAAGGAGGAGGGCAUUGCUGGAGAGAGAGGAACGAAAAUGGAAGGAGCUCGAAAUAUCAUUGCUUUCUUCCAUUCCUAAUACUGGAAGCAGGGAUGCUGCAGCUAUGGCAGCAGCUGUCCGAGCUGUUGGAGGUGAUUCUGCCCUGGAAGAUUCUUUUGCAAGAGAUAGGGUCUCUUCAAUAGCCAAUCACAUACGAAAGGCACAAUUGGCUCGGCGAGCAGAACAGACUGGUAUUCCAGGCACUGUAUGCAUACUUGAUGAUGAACCGAGGAGUACUGGUCGUCAUUGUGGAGAACUGGACUUGUGCCUCUGUCAAAGUCAAAAGGUUACUUUGUCUAUUGCUGUCAUGGUUCAACCUGUAUCUGGUCCAGUGUGUCUUUUUGGAAGUGAAUUCCAAAAGAAGGUUUGCUGGGAAAUCUUAGUGGCAGGAUCAGAACAGGGAAUGGAAGCUGGACAGGUUGGUCUUCGAUUAGUGACUAAGGGUGAAAGGAUGACUACUGUUGCUAAAGAGUGGAAUAUUGGUGCGUCUAGUAUUGCAGAUGGCAGGUGGCAUCUUGUCACUGUAACUUUAGAUGCUGACCUAGGUGAAGCAACUUCUUUCAUUGAUGGAGUUUAUGAUGGAUAUCAGAAUGGGUUGCCGUUGCCAACAGAUAAUGGUAUUUGGGAACCUGGGACUGAUAUUUGGGUUGGUGCUAGGCCACCCACAGACUUAGAUGCCUUUGGUAGGUCAGAUAGUGAAGGUUCUGACUCAAAGAUGCAGAUCAUGGAUGCUUUUCUAUGGGGAAGAUGUCUCAGUGAAGAUGAGGUUACUGUGUUACAUACUGCCAUGUCUCCUGCUGAGUAUGGAUUUUUUGACCUUGCACCCGGCGAUGCUUGGCAUGGAAGUUAUUCUGCAAGGGUGGAUGACUGGGAAAGUGAAGAUGCUUAUGAGGUUUAUGAUCAAGGGGAUGUCGAAUGGGAUGGACAGUACUCAAGUGGUAGGAAACGUCCGGUACAUGAUGCUGUAGCUAUUGACAUUGACUCCUUUGCUAGGAGACCAAGAAAACCAAGGUUUGAGACACGUGAUGAAGUCAACCAGCGUAUGCUUUCUGUUGAAAGGGCUGUCAGGGAUGCUCUUGUCGCGAAAGGAGAGAGAAACUUCACUGAUCAAGAGUUCCCUCCAGAGGAUCGUUCUUUAUUUGUAGAUCCAAUGAAUCCACCUCUGAAACUGCAGGUUGUUUCUGAAUGGAUGAGGCCUUCUGACAUAGCAAAGGAGAUAUCGAUCAGUUCUCAGCCUUGCUUGUUUUCGGGUUCUGUGAAUUCCUCAGAUGUGUGUCAGGGUCGGUUGGGAGACUGUUGGUUCCUAAGUGCAGUCGCAGUUUUAACUGAGAUGUCUCGUAUAUCAGAAGUUAUAAUCACUCCUGAGUACAACGAUGAAGGGAUUUACACAGUCAGAUUCUGCAUUCAGGGUGAGUGGGUAGCCGUGGUUGUUGAUGAUUGGAUCCCGUGUGAGUCUCCGGGGAAACCAGCAUUCGCUACUAGUAGAAAGCAAAAUGAGCUUUGGGUAUCCAUUCUUGAGAAGGCUUAUGCAAAACUUCAUGGCUCUUAUGAGGCAUUGGAAGGUGGGCUUGUUCAAGAUGCUCUAGUGGAUCUCACAGGUGGGGCUGGUGAAGAGAUUGAUAUGCGAAGUCCUCAAGCACAACUUGAUCUGGCUAGUGGAAGAUUGUGGUCCCAGUUGUUGCAUUUCAAACAAGAAGGUUUUCUUCUUGGUGCUGGAAGUCCUUCUGGAUCUGAUGCUCACAUCUCAUCAAGUGGCAUUGUUCAGGGACAUGCGUACUCAAUUUUGCAGGUAAGAGAAGUUGAUGGCCACAAGCUCAUCCAAAUCAGAAAUCCAUGGGCAAAUGAAGUUGAAUGGAAUGGACCAUGGUCAGACUCUUCACCAGAGUGGACCGAACGAAUGAAGCAUAAGCUCAUGCAUGUUCCACAGUCGAAGAAUGGGGUAUUCUGGAUGUCUUGGCAAGAUUUUCAGAUUCACUUUCGGUCAAUAUAUGUUUGUCGUGUUUAUCCACCUGAGAUGCGUUAUUCUGUCCAUGGGCAAUGGCGUGGCUACAAUGCAGGUGGUUGCCAAGAUUAUGACUCAUGGCAUCAAAAUCCACAGUAUCGACUUAGAGUAACAGGACGUGAUGCACUAUACCCUGUUCAUGUUUUUAUUACCCUUACUCAGGGUGUUGGUUUCUCUAGAAAGACGAAUGGUUUCCGUAACUACCAAUCUAGUCAUGAUUCUUCAAUGUUUUACAUUGGAAUGAGGAUACUCAAGACACAGGGCUGUCGUGCUGCUUACAAUAUCUACAUGCAUGAAUCAGCUGGUGGAACAGAUUACGUUAACUCAAGAGAGAUAUCAUGUGAACUGGUCUUGGAUCCUUAUCCCAAAGGCUGCGUCUGCUGGGCAGGGCUUCUUGUCACCCGUGUAACGCAGGAUCCAGCUGUGGGUUCUCAGGAACUAGAUAAUGAGCUGACAAAAGGCAAUGCUUCUUGUGCUCAAGGGAAGGAGAGAAGGCAGGAUUCAUGGUUCUUUGAUAGCUGCGCAAAGUGCAGGCUGGGAAAUGUCUUGUUAGCAAGCUGCAGUUUUGCUGAUUUGAGCGUGUAG